AAUGUAGGCGGUGUGAAAUAAUGUAUAGCGUGGGUAGUCUAAUUAAAAACAGCUAUACUUGAACGAAUUGCCGUUCUUUUGUAUCAAUAUGGAUGAUACGUUUGACAUCGACGAUUUUAUUCCUGGAUUAUUUCAUCUGGACCUGAACAUUAAUUCGAGAAAAAUCUCCAAUCAUGACGUCACACUAAGGAAGAAACUAUCGGGACGAAAAUCUAGCGGUAAUUCGUAUGACCGGGAAGACAACAUACGAAAAUCACAUAUAAGAGAUCUCACAUUGCGAUAUCAAAGUUUAUUAGAAGAUUUGAACGAUGAUGACGUCAUCGAUCGAGAAUCAGUGCUGGUUUUUCUUGGAGUACUGGCAGGCUAUCUCGGCAAAUAUAAAGAAGCAAUUCAAUACUUCGACGACUCUCUGGAUCAGGACAAAACGAAUCUAAAUGCAAUAGCUGGUCUUGUGUUUGUUUGCUCAAAGAAUCCUGAAAUGCAGGAAAGAGCAGCUGGAUGCAAGAAAACGAUCGCCGAUUUGCUUGGACGGUCUGAUGUUGACGUCACUGAAAAAGAAUUGAGUGUCAGAUUGGCUCGGUGUCUUGCUGAACAAGCGUAUGCUUACGCGUUUGACGUAGGAGUGAUGUCAUAUGACGAUAGAAAACAACAUUUAUUAACAGCCAUAAAUAUGUAUGACCGGGCUCUAUCCGUCGGAUCUGGUUUUAUUUCAAUGGAAGUGAGAUUUCGUUGGUAUUUAUCAAUGUCGUCAAUAUUUCUGGGACUUGAUUCUAUCAUGUUGCAAGCGAGAGAACGAGAAUCUACAAGAUUAGCUGGUUAUAACCGAACGAUCAACUUAUUGAAAGAAGCAACGAAAUCAACACAAACAUACCAUACAGCUCUAGCGUGGAGUUAUUUGGGAAUAUUACUAGAACGACAAUCAUCAUUCGAGACAACACCAAUGUCCAUCCAUGAUUGUGGGUACACUGGAUGCGAACCUGUUGAUUGCUACAGCAAAUCUAUCGAAAUUGCAGAUAAAAAUACAACAAUACUGAACAGGCUUGCAAAAUUAUUUCAGUCAACACAAAAAUAUGAACUUGCUCUUGGGGCUGCUGACAUGUCAAUUCAAGUCGAAUCUGAUGCGACGAAAAAUUAUUCUGCCUACCACGUGAGGGCGCGACUGAGAAUGGAACUGUAUGUCAGGGAUUUAUCGAAAUGUAAAUAUGGAACGGGAAGCAUACCUGACCGAGAAUUAUUGGAAAUCGCAAAACUUGACCUUGAAGAGAUUCUGAAGGUCAAUGACGAUGAUUUAGCAACUUACAUUGAAAUUGGACAAGUCUGCUAUUUCAUAGGCGUCGAUGCGUUCAAGGAAUCUUUCAUUGUAGACGAUGAAGAGAUCAACAGUGCUUUGGUCUAUUUCUCAAAAGCUCUUCAAUGUGAGACCGGAGAUAUUCUACCUGAGUUACAAUUGCUAAGAGGAAAAUGUUUGAGGAUAAAAGGUGAAGACACAAAUGCUCUUGAAUGUUUCAAAAAGUCGAUGGAACUGGAUACAUCCGGUUCAACCAAUGCUCAAGCGUUUCGAUGUUUAAUGGAAACGUUAUUAACAUGGUUUUCGAAUGGAAAUAUGGAAAAGCGUGACGUCGUAUUAUCAGAGGUUGAUGAAUGGAUUCGAUUGGCUCAACAAAAAUACCCUUAUGACGUCAUGAGAAACGAGUUACGAACGCUAACGCACACGUACACGCAUGAACUAUUAGAUUUAUGCAAAGCACUGAUUCGCUCACGUAAAAUGACACUGUCAAAGCUAUGUUUGAGUAUGAUGUCUCCUAAAGGUUUGUUUGGAGGUACCAAAUCGCCAACGGGUGACGUCACUAGAUAAUGACGUCAUAAAUAGGCAAUAUAGUUAGUUAGGCAAGUUAAUUAUAGACCCCGUCUUCCAGUUGCCACUCUGCCAAUUGAAAUUUUAUGAUAUUAUUGCUAUUUUCAAUUAUCGUCGCAUUAGGAAUUACGUCAUGUGCAUGGUGACGUCACAUACUAAUUCGAAUAUACAUCUCGUAGAAGAAAGUCUUCUAUUUAUCACGCUCCCAGAUUAUAUGAAAAAUUUGAAAAUUCUUUAUAUUUUUAUUUUUUUCUCUCUCGUAGCUAGCUCAAGUUUUUUUAUUCUGUUUUUUCAUAAAAUAAGCUUAUCAACUAUUAUUUUUCAUUUUAUCGUCAUAUUUAACCAGUUCCGCCAUUGCAGUAAAUUAUCGUAGAUAAGAACAUUUUUAUUUUAUGAUUUUGAUAUUUUUUAUUCCAAUGUUACGACAUUCUUCUUAUUUUGAUUUGUUCGUAGUGUUUUAUAUGGGUGUUUCCGAUGCCUCAACAUUAGCGUAUAUGCGGUCAUUUAUUUUUGUAUAGAAGAUUUUGCGUUGUUUUAAUUCGUAUACUAAUAUGUGGUUGGAAGCAACGUCUUCCGGAUAUUUUGAAUUUUCACUGGGGUGUCUCAAAAAUAUCGAGUCCCGCUUGUUCCACACUUGUAGCAAUCGUAAGAAUCUCACUCCAUGUGGAUAGAAUAUAGCAUGAAACCCACUUCGCAUGCUUACUCUAACGGUUUUCAUCUAUCCUAACCAAGAGUAGUUGUGCAAGUAGGACAAAAUGGGACAAGUGUGGGAAGAAGUAAAAAACAUUUAUGAGAUACAGACACCCCGUGUCGGGAUUUCGUAAUUCUAAAAUUGCAAUCUAUAUUAAAAAACUAUUGCAAACAAAGUUUUCGCAGUCAAAAUUUUGCCAUCACCAAAUAGGGGGCGAGUGUCAGCGGUGCAGCGCAGUUGUGGAGUCACAUUUUUUCACCAAAAUCAGUUUAUUGGAUAGUCCUAAGCCGGUCUCGUCUUUUACGCGACACUAUACUGUCCUGCAUAUACAGCAAAGAGAAAUUUGAGCGACUAUAUUCACACCAUGAUAACAUUAGGAGAAGUUUUAUAUUUUCAAAUAAUUCGUUUCAGGGUUUAUUUUGCCAUAAACUAACCUUCAAUUACUUUUUAUUUAUUCAUUCUCUACGAUUGCCGCUCUGUAUAGUCAACCUAUCCAAUUUCAUACACAACUGGGGUCGUCGAGUCUUUCAGUCCCAAAUCUGCGAUACCUGUAUAUUAUAGUGAAUUCGGGUCGUCGCGUUUUCUUGAAUAUCUUUUUUUGUGUACAGUCUUAUAAAUUGCAACAUUAAUCAUCAUUUCCAUGGCAGUAUUUUUAUGAUUUACUCAUUAACUAUAUAUUGUGUUUACGAUAAUAUUGUCCUAUAGUUUUCUUGCUCUAUUGGAUCGUUAUUGAUCUUCUUUUCAAUCUUGCUUUAAUCGAUCUUUUAUAUUAAAUUGUAUUCAAUCAACGCCCAGUUUGAUCUGUGGAAGCAAGAAAGACUGUAAUCAUGCACGACCUUAAUAUAAUGUGCUGUUUCUUGCUGAUGAGCAUUCAGAAGACGAACCCGUUCUUAAAAUGUCCGGCCAGCGUUAUAUUUCCAAAAUUAUGUUCAAGAUUGGUGCAAAGCGGGUAAUGUUGAUGUAGCUUACGCAAUGACAUAUAUCAGUUAAUAUCGAGUUCAAAUUCUUCUUAUCAUGUAAUCUUAUGUUAAGUUUUCGUAUUUUUAUAGAUUUCUGAAUAGUUUUCUGAAAUAGGGCACCUUUUGUUAGUGCUUUUG